AUGUCCGUACCUAAAAUAAUCCGACCAACGCCUCGCCGACCUAAUAAGCUCGCCUCAUGUCAUUCUACACCUCAAGACGAAAUCCCGACACGCUCAAGUUCAACUAUAAAUUUAACAUCCUCAACGUUGCGGGGAAUCUGCUUUCCAAACAACUAUGAGCCAGAACAAGAGUGUAGCAUUUUUGAUAAGGAUUCGAAUUCCCAUGUUUGCGCCAGGGGCACAACUUUCCACAUACCCAACGAGCGGAACUGCUCACCAAGUCUAGUAAAAACAACAAGAUCUGUGAGCGCAGGAUGGAGAAUAUUAUUUCUCUUUGGAAUAGGUGUAGGCUAUGGGCUCAUCAUUCAACAUAUCCACAAUGAAACUCACUCCAAGCCCUUGCAAGCUGGUUGUCUCAUUCAGUCAGGUACAAAUUGGAAGUACCUGACCUUUUGGGGAAUCUCAAGCUUAGGACUUGGUAGUCUUCUACCGCUAUUCGAUAGGGUAUUUUUUGAAAAUAGUAGUGCACCUUUGAUAACCAUCGACGGGCAGGACUUGAAGCUGAAUGAAUAUACGAGAAAUGAGACUAAGAGUGUUUUGGAUCAAGGCUGGACACCUAUUGUUAGGAGCAUGGGUACAUUUUUUGGAAUCGCUUUUGCUAUUCGCAAGUCACCUUGGUCUUCAACCCUUCAGGCUUCUAUAGCACUUUUUCUGGCAGAUCCAGUUCUCUGGUAUCUCAUCGAUCGUUCUCGUCCAGGCUUGUUCCUGUCUUUAGCAGUCGGCGCAAUAGGCACUGCUCUAUAUAUCAUCUCCAACUCGGUUAUUAUGCUACCAUCUGUUCCCUCCAAUAUAGCAAGGGCUGAUGGUAUGAUCCAAACUUAUACAACUAUAAUACCAGGGAAACUUACAAUUGGUUGGGAUAUGAAAGACGGUCUUGACACAUUAAUUUGGGUUUUAAGUGUCUUAUUCUGCAGUUGCAUAUGCUUUGGAAAUAUAGGACGAAGACUUGCGGCUAGAAAAAAUUAA